CUUUAUUACUCAGCAAAACUCGCUGACAUUUCCCAUCAGUGGCUUAUCAGUCAAAAACGUAUAAAAUGAAAGCAAAAGUUAAAGAUAAGCAAGAUAAUGAAGAAAUACAUUUUGCAAUCCUGUUGAAGAGAGAAUAAGCAAAAGUGACCAAGAGAAACAGAUUCACUGAGUCUGUUGAUUGAUUUAAAGUGGAUUUAUGUUUAAGUACAAAACCACUCCAAAUGCAUACUUUAGGAAAGAUGUCAGCUUCAAGAUUACUGAUCUCCAUCAUUAUCAUGGUGUCUGCUUCAGAUAAUAAUUCCUAUCUGAUGACACAACUGGAAAUGCAGAGCCAGAGAAUACUUCUUAACGAAACUUCAAGUAGUUCAUGUAUGGAUGGAAAGCAGAUGACACAGAAUUAUUCAAAAAUGUCUGCAGAAGGUAACAUUUCACAGCCUGUACUGAUGGAUACAAAUGCUAUGCUUUGUUGCCCUCCUAUUGAGUUCAGAAAUUUGAUUGUAAUAGUAUGGGAAAUAAUCAUAAGAGGCCAGCCUUCCUGCACAAAAGCCUACAGGAAAGAAACAAAUGAGACCAAGGAAACCAACUGUACUGAUGAGAGAAUAACCUGGGUCUCCACACCUGAUCGGAAUUCGGACCUUCACAUUCACCCAGUGGCCAUCACUCAUGACGGGUAUUACAGAUGCAUAAUGGCAACUCCUGAUGGGAAUUUCCAUCGUGGAUAUCACCUCCAAGUGUUAGUUACACCUGAAGUGACCCUGUUUCAAAGCAGGAAUAGAACUGCAGUAUGCAAGGCAGUUGCAGGGAAGCCAGCUGCUCAUAUCUCCUGGAUCCCAGAGGGGGAUUGUGCCACUAAGCAUGAGUACUGGGGCAAUGGCACAGUGACUGUUGAGAGUAUGUGCCAUUGGGGGGGCCACAAUGCGUCUACCGUGACCUGCCAUGUCUCCCAUUUGACUGGCAACAAGAGUCUGUACAUAAAGUUGAAUUCAGGUCUCAGAACCUCAGGAUCUCCAGCGUUGGACUUACUGAUCAUUCUUUAUGUGAAACUCUCUCUUUUUGUGGUCAUUCUGGUCACCACAGGAUUUGUUUUCUUCCAGAGGAUAAAUUAUGUCAGAAAAUCUCUUUAAAGAGGAAGGAAGGGUCUUCUUUUGCUUCAACUCCUUGUCUCCUAGACUGCAACAUUGGUAAGAUGGGUGAUGGUCCAGCAGUCAACUUGGGUCAUGGAUGAUGUUGAGGAUAGAAGCCACUCAGUAGGAUAGAAGAAAAGAAAGAUGGAAGAAGGAUCCUGGGCUUGAUGACCAUGAAGUUUCCCUAUAAACCCUCAACCACCUAUUCAUUGACUUCUUUUGUGUGAGAGUGAAUAAAAUUUUGUUCAUGCCAGUGUUAUUUUAGGUUUUACUCUACACGUAGCUAAACUUAAUCCUAAUUGAUACAAAUACCUAGUUUGUUAAUCUGAAGGUUUGUGUCAAUCUUGCUACAAAUUAUU